AUGGCUUCUGAGAACGCCAAGUCUGACAAGGUCCUCAGCGACCUGGUGCAGAAGCUCACCCUCUCCACCGAUGCUGCUGAUAUCAAGGCGUCGUCUGGUGCGAUCGCCACCUUCAUCAACGGCGACAUCAAGGAUCUCGAUGUCCCUUCCAAGACUAUCGAGGCCCUGAAGAAGCAGCUGGCAAACAAGAAGGAUGCCGGUGCUCGUGAGAAGGCUCUCAACGCCAUCCAGGCUAUUGCUCAGCACUCCGAGGUUUCGGCCUCGGUUGAGCCGUUCCUGGUUGUUCUUCUGCCUGCUGUUCUUGCUGCCGCUGGUGACAAGAUCACUGCUGUCAAGACUGCCUCCAUCGCUGCCGGUCUGGCCAUUGCCGAGGCUAUCAACCCAAAUGCUUCCAAGGCUGCUCUGCCGAGCGUCAUCGACUCGCUCCGCAAUGCCCAGAAGUUCCCCGAGCGUCUGCUGGCUCUGGAUUUCAUCGACACUCUGAUCCGCACAUCCCCGGUCCAGAUCUCGGUGCGCGUGCCUGAGCUGAUCCCUGCCGUCUCUGAGGCCAUGUGGGUGACCAAGAAGGAGGUCUCCGCCCGCGCCUACCAGACCAUGGAGAAAGUUUGCGGCCUGAUUGUCAACAAGGAUAUCGAGAAGUUUAUUCCCGAGCUGAUCAAGUGUAUCGCCAAGCCGGAGAACGUCCCCGAGACGGUCCAUCUGCUGGGUGCCACCACUUUCGUUACGGAGGUCCAGGAGCCCACUCUGGCCCUGAUGGUUCCUCUUCUGGAUCGUGGUCUUGCUGAGCGCGAGACUGCCAUCAAGCGUAAGACGGCCGUCAUUGUCGACAACAUGUGCAAGCUCGUCGACGACCCGAACAUCGUCGCUCCCUUCUUGCCCAAGAUGAUGCCCGGCCUGCAGAAGAACUUCGACACCCUGGCCGACCCUGAGGCCCGUGACAAGACCCGCCAGGCCCUUGACACCCUCACUCGUGUCGGCAACGUCAAGGAUGGCAAGAUUCCUGAGGCCAGCAACUUUGGCGAUCUGCAGGUCGUUCUUGCUCACCUCAAGACGGUCCUCUCUGGCAAGCCUGCUGCUACUGCCGAGAAGUUCAGCCCCGUCCUGGCCUACGUCGCUGCCAUUGCUGGUCAGCUGAUUGACGAGCACGAGAGCGAGCAGACCACCUGGAUCACCAACCUCAAGUCGUUUGUCUCCGUUCUCGUUGGCGACGCCGCUGCCGAGGGUGUCAUCGACUCUCUCCGCAAGAAGGCUCUACCCGGUGCGGCCGAGGAGGCUGAGGUCGAGGCUGACGAGGAGGAGGGAGAGGAUCUGUGCAACUGCACGUUCUCGCUCGCCUACGGUGCCAAGAUUCUGCUGAACCAGACCAGCCUGCGCCUGAAGCGUGGCCAGCGCUACGGUCUGUGCGGUCCCAACGGUUCCGGCAAGUCCACUCUCAUGCGCGCCAUCAACAACGAGCAGGUCGAGGGUUUCCCGAAGCAGAGCGAGGUCAAGACUGUUUUCGUCGAGCACGACCUGGACUCUGCUGAUACGGAGAUGACCACGAUUGAAUGGACCAUGAAGAAACUUGCCGAGGCCAAGGUCGAUGUCUCCAAGGAGCAGGUUGAGAAGCAGCUGGAGGAGUUCGGCUUCAGCCCGAUGAUGAUUUCUGGCGAGAUCACGGCGCUAUCCGGUGGCUGGAAGAUGAAGUUGGCUCUGUGCCGUGCCGUGUUCGAGACUCCCGAUAUCCUGCUACUCGAUGAGCCGACGAACCAUCUGGACGUGAAGAACGUCAAGUGGCUGGAGGACUACCUCAUCAACUCACCCUGCACGUCCAUCAUCGUUUCCCACGACUCUGGCUUCCUCGACAACGUGUGCCAGCACAUUGUGCACUACGAGCGGUUCAAGCUCAAGCGCUACAAGGGUAACUUGAAGGACUUUGUCAACCGCCUGCCGUCGGCCAAGGCGUACUAUGAGCUCGGCGCGUCUGAGUUCGAGUUCAGCUUCCCCGAGCCCGGUUUCCUGGAGGGUGUCAAGACCAAGGCCAAGGCCAUUCUUCGUGCCACCAACAUGAGCUUCCAGUACCCGAACACGCCGAAGCCGCAGCUGUCGGACAUCACGUUCCAGUGCUCUUUGAACUCCCGUAUCGCUGUCAUUGGCCCCAACGGUGCCGGCAAAUCGACACUCGUCAACGUGCUGACCGGUGAGCUGAUCCCGACGGGCGGCGAGAUCUACCAACACGAGAACAUGCGUAUUGCCUACAUCAAGCAGCACGCUUUCGCGCACAUCGACAACCACCUGGACAAGACCCCGUCCGAGUACAUCCAGUGGCGUUUCCAGACCGGUGAGGACCGUGAGACCAUGGACCGUGCCAACAAGAUCAUCACCGAGGAGGACGAGGCGGCCAUGAACAAGGUCUUCCACCUUCACGACAGCUACCGCCGUAUUAUCGGCAUCCACUCUCGCCGCAAGUUCAAGAACUCGUACGAGUACGAGUGCUCGUUCGCGCUCGGCGAGAACAUUGGCAUGAAGUCGGAGCGCUGGGUUCCGAUGAUGACGGCCGACAACGACUGGCUGCCGCGGUCUGAGCUGCUGGCGUCCCACCAGAAGCUUGUCGCCGACGUGGACAUGAAGGAGGCCCUGGCCUCUGGUCAGUUCCGCCCGCUGGUCCGCAAGGAGAUCGAGACGCACUGCGCCAACUUCGGUCUGGAUGCCGAGCUGAUUUCCCACUCGCGCAUGCGCGGUCUGUCUGGUGGCCAGCGUGUCAAGGUUGUGCUCGCGGCAUGCUCGUGGCAGCGCCCCCAUCUGAUCGUUCUUGACGAGCCGACGAACUACCUGGACCGUGACUCUCUCGGUGCGCUGUCCAAGGCGCUGAAGAAGUUUGAGGGUGGUGUGAUCAUCAUCUCCCACUCGUCCGAGUUCACCAAGGAUCUGACGGAGGAGGUGUGGGCUGUGCUUGACGGCAAGAUGACGCCUUCGGGCCACAACUGGGUGCAAGGCCAGGGCUCUGGUCCCCGCCUCAAGGCGGACGAGGGCGAGGAGGAGGACAAGUUCGACGCGAUGGGCAACAAGAUCGCGGCCACGAAGAAGAAGGCCAAGCUCACCAGCUCCGAGGCGCGGAAGAAGAAGAAGGACCGGAUGGCCCGCCGGAAGCGCGGCGAGGAGGUGUUCAGCGAUGAGGACGAAUAA